GGCGGUGUGGGCGCUGGGCGUGAUGUGGGCGGCGGGGGCUAGGGCGGUCCCCCUACCCCAGACAGGACCUCAGGAUAUACACCCGGAUGGACCCCACCAAGAAGCGGAUCCAACGCAGGCCUCCGUCGCCGGGCCUUCGGGAGAGCGCCUCCUUCCCUCGGCCCUCGGGAAACCCGUGGAUGUGGUGCGGCUGGUCCACCCGACCCUGGCCCAGGGCGUGGCGUCCCUGGAGGAACUGGGCUUCUCCGGGCCGAGCCAAGGGCCUGAUCAGGUGGACCACUUCGGCGUCGGCUCGACCCAGGGCUUCGGCGGCUUCGGCGACUUCGGCGGCGCAGGAGGCUUCGGCAGCGGCUGAGUUCAGACGGGGCAGGAGGCUUCGGCAGCGGCGAGGUGUUCGGCGGGGGAGGUUUCCCGUCAAACGGCUUCCACAAUUUCGGAUUCAAUCAUCCCGGCUU